AUGGGGAUCCUGGAUGUGUUUGAAGGAACAACACCCACCGGGGUGGCCUGCAUGUUGUUUGCGUCAGCCGGCGCUCUUCUCUUUGGCAUUGACAACGGAUGGUGGUCGACACUCCUCGGCUCCGAAACCUUCCUUCGAGAUUAUGGAUCUUGUACUAUGGUUGAUGGCUCCGAGAAAUGCAAUCUUUCCACGAGCCAGCAGUCUGCGGGUAGUGCUGUACAGUCUGCCGGCGUUAUGAUUGCCUGCUUGUUUGCCGUUUAUCUUAACGACCACCUUGGGCGCAGAAGGGCCAUGCAGGUGACGGCCAUCAUCUCCCUAAUAGGUGUCACUAUCGAAUUGACGAGCGCGGCCGGAGCAAAGGCCCGGUUCGACCAAUUUGUGGUGGGCAAAACCUUAGCGGCUGUAGCAAUGGGUCUCUGCGCCAAUAUUGUGCCCAUCUACCUCGCCGAGACGUCCACGGCCAAGGCCAGAGGCGCUGCAGUAGGCUUGUACCAGAAUGUGCUCAUGCUCGGCGUCAUCAUUGCUUCCGGAACUGUCUACGGCUCAGCCUCUCGUAAGGACCCUUCUAGCUACCUGAUACCCAUAGGCCUACAGGCUUUUCCGCCUAUCGUCAUGUUGGCUGCCUCGCCGUUCUUGCCCGAGAGCCCACGUUGGCUCGUAUGGAAACAACGUUUGGAAGAUGCACGCAUGGCCUCGGAUCGACUGUUUGGUACCGCCACCAACAACUUCAGUGCAGUCCAAUACGUCAACGCCAUAGAAGCUGCCAUCGAGAACGAUCGAAGCCAAACUUCGCAGGUCAACGGCUGGUCUGACUUGGUGCAGGGCCCAGAUCUCCGACGCCUGCUCAUCGCCGUCGGUGUUCAGUGCCUGCAGCAGGCUCAGGGCUCCAGCUACAUGAGCAACUACAUUGUGUCCUUCUUGCAGGCCGCCAGCGUCACCAACGUCUUCCCUGUCAUCAUGGGUAUUAACGUUAUAUACUACGUCUCCAUCCUCACCGGUCACUAUCUGCCCGACAAGUUUGGCCGCCGACCCCUCAUGAUGUCCACCUCGCUCUUCUGCGGACUUACGAUGCUGGCUGUGGCUAUUAUGAAUACAGUGCUGGUGCCUGCAACCGACGCCAGUUCCAACGCUGCCAUCGCAUUAAUUUUCAUCUGGAACAUUGGUUUCGGAAUUGAGUCGCCGCUGAUCUGGAUCGUCACGGCCGAAUCCGCUCCUACUCGUAAUCGUGAGAGGGUUCUUGCCGUUGCCGUGUUUGUCGGCUUCGGCGUGUCACUUUUGAUUACUUCCGUCUCGCCUUUUCUGCAAGACGAGGGCUACGGUAACCUUCAGGGCAAAAUUGGAUUCAUCUGGUCUAGCUUCUCCUUUAUCACGGCUAUUUGGGUAUUCUUCUUUUUGCCAGAAAUGAAGGGCUUUUCUCUCGAACAGCUUGACUAUUUGUACGCCAAGAAGACACCUACUCUCAAAUUUAGCAAGAUCAAGUUUGCCGAUGAAAUCCUCGCGGAUGGACAGGGCGGAUUGAAGGACGGCCUCAAGGAAGCUGCCGAUAGUAAGCAUGUGGAGUUUGGGGAGAAGACGUAA